AUGAGCUCCAUCAAGUUUGUGGUGUCCUCUCUGGACAUCAUUGUUGCUUCAAAAGAUGCACAGCGCAUCAAGCAGCUAGGCGAGGGCGCCAAGAAGGCACUCGAUGCCAUCAAGGAACAUGAACAGCUUCCCGACCCGGAAAUCGUCUUUGCGCCUUUGCAGCUCGCGACACGGACUAAUAACCCCCAGCUCACCACCGCUGCCCUCGAUUGCAUCGGCAAGUUGAUAUCGUAUUCCUACUUUUCUGCCGAAAACAAGCAAGAGCCUGCCGAAGGCGAUGACCAACGACAAUCCCCUCUUAUCGAGCGCGCAAUCGACACAAUAUGCGACUGCUUCCAAGGAGAGGCCACUGAGCCCGAAAUUCAAUUGCAGAUUGUCAAAUCGCUCUUGGCCGCUGUUCUCAAUGACAAAAUAGUCGUACACGGCGCUGGACUGCUCAAGGCAGUUCGCCAGGUUUACAAUGUCUUUCUCCUUUCACGCAGCACCCCGAACCAGCAAGUCGCCCAGGGCACCUUGACCCAGAUGGUUGGCACAGUCUUUGAGCGCGUAAAGACGCGACUGCACAUGAAGGAAGCUCGCUUCAAUUUGGGCAAUCUCAAACAUAGCUCAAGCAAUGUCACGUUUGACAACCAAGACGAUGUCAACGGUGCUGAUGAGAACGAGGACGGCGCCCAAACCGCGGGAGACGAGUCUGUCGAGCAGGAUACCGGCGCAAAGCUGACCCUCAAGGAUCUGGAGCAUCGGAAGAGCUUUGAUGACUCUGCUCUGGGUGACGGGCCUACCAUGGUCACCCACAUUAAAUCGUCCAAGAGCAACGGCGAGUCGGGGUCCUCGACACACGGCACGAACGCUGCCGAUGACGAAGACGAGCUCGACGCUGAAGACGAGGUCUAUAUCCGCGACGCCUAUCUUGUCUUCCGAUCCUUUUGUAAUUUGUCGACCAAAGUUCUCCCGCCGGAGCAGCUUUUCGACGUUCGCGGACAGCCUAUGCGAUCAAAGCUUAUUUCGCUUCAUCUCAUCCACACUGUCCUGAACAACAAUAUCUCCGUCUUUACAUCGCCGCUUUGCACCAUCAAGAAUUCCAAGAGCAACGAACCGACAAGUUUCCUCCAGGCCAUCAAGUUCUACCUGUGCCUCAGCAUUACGAGGAACGGCGCAAGCUCGGUCGACAAAGUCUUCGAAGUCUGCAGCGAAAUUUUUUGGCUCAUGCUGAAAUUCAUGCGACCAUCGUUCAAAAAAGAAAUCGAGGUCAUCUUGAACGAGAUUUAUCUAGCUCUCCUGUCUCAGAGGAAUGCACCGGUUUCCCAGAAGCUUUACUUCAUCACCAUUCUCAAUCGCCUGUGCGCCGAUCCCAAGGCUUUGGUGGAAACAUAUCUUAACUACGAUUGCGACCAGACCGUGGACAAUAUCUACCAAACGAUUAUCGAGGAUCUCUCCAAAUUUUCCACGGCCUCUGUCGCUGUUACCGCAGUCAACGAACAAGUAUACGAGGAGGCCAGAGCCAAGACACAGGCGGCAAGCGAAUGGCAGCUCAAGACUAUCCUGCCUCCUCCGUUGACCGUGGCUCAUAUUCUCCCACAACCAGAGCCGGAACCCGACUACCCGAAAGAAUACGCUGUGAAGCGCAUCGCCUUGGAGAGUCUUGUUGAAGCUUUAAAGUCAUUAGUGAACUGGUCGGCAUCGGUGCGGCCUGAAGCAGGAGUCGCGCGAGCCGAACAAGACGGGAAAGUCUCCAUCGAUGAGUUGCGCGGGUCUAUUGAUCCUGGCCUGAGCGAUACCACAUCACGCGUGGACACGCCAUUGCCACCUUCAACGCCUGUGCUUGACGAUGAUCCAGCCCAGUUAGAGAAAGACAAGGCCCGUAAAACAGCACUGACAAACGCCAUUCGGAAAUUCAACUUCAAGCCCAAGCACGGCAUUAAGGCUCUCGUCGCCGAAGGAUUCAUCCCGAGUGAUAGCCCGGACGAUAUUGCCAAGUUUCUUCUCAAGGAGGACAAGCUCGAUAAGGCACAGAUCGGCGAGUAUCUUGGUGAAGGAGAUCAAAAGAAUAUCGACACCAUGCAUGCCUUUGUUGAUUCGAUGGAAUUCACAAAGCGGCGCUUUGUCGAUGCCCUCCGAGUAUUUCUACAAUCUUUUCGCUUGCCUGGUGAGGCACAAAAGAUCGAUCGGUUCAUGUUGAAGUUUGCUGAGCGUUACGUUCUGGGCAAUCCAAAUGCAUUUGCCAACGCUGACACUGCGUACGUGCUCGCCUAUUCUGUGAUUCUUCUCAACACCGAUCUGCAUAGCAGCAAGAUCGCAAAACGCAUGACAAAGGAGGAAUUUAUCAAGAACAAUAGAGGCAUCAACGACAAUGCGAACCUUCCAGAUGACUACCUUGUUGGGAUUUACGACGAGAUUGCCAGCAACGAAAUCGUGCUCACCAGCGAACGUGCGGCUGCCGCGGCUGCCGGGAACGUACCCGCGCAGUCGACUGGGCUAGCUGCGGGCUUCGGCCAGGCGUUUUCCAAUGUUGGACGUGAUCUCCAAAGAGAAGCAUACGUGCAACAAUCUGAAGAAAUCUCCGUGCGUUCUGAACAGCUAUUCAAAAACCUGUUCAAGAGUCAGCGCCGAAGCACUACCAAAACUGGCCCGAAAUUCAUCCCAGCAACUUCGUUUAAGCACGUUGGUUCCAUGUUUGACGUGACCUGGAUGUCUGUCUUCUCAGCGCUGUCUUCUCAAUUACAGAAGGCACACAGCAUCGAAGUGAGCAAGCUGUGCCUUGAGGGCAUGAAACUCGCGACCCAGAUUGCUUGCACUUUUGAGCUGUCAACGCCUAGAGAAGCCUUCAUCUCUGCGCUGAAGAAUACCACCAACCUGAACAAUCCUCAGGAGAUGAUGGCUAAGAACAUUGAGGCUGUGAAGAUCAUUCUUGACCUCGGACAGACGGAGGGCAAUGUCCUCCGAGAAUCAUGGAAGGACAUUCUGAUGUGCAUCAGUCAACUGGAUCGGCUACAGCUCAUUUCUGGUGGCGUAGACGAGAGUGCCAUCCCGGAUGUUUCCAAAGCUCGCUUCAUGCCGCCCCCGAGAACUGAGACCGCGGACUCUAGGUCAUCAACAUCUUCGCGGUCGCGCAAUCGCCAUCGCUCAGGGACGGGCUCUCGCGGCUUUUCAAACGAAAUCGCCUUGGAGAGUCGCUCUGACGAAGUAGUUCGAAGUGUCGACCGCAUCUUCAGCAACACAGCCAACUUGUCGGGAGAUGCCAUGGUCUAUUUCGCCAAGGCGCUCACAGAGGUCAGCUGGGAUGAGAUUAGAGUCUCCGGCUCCAACGACUCGCCCCGUACCUACAGCUUGCAAAAGAUUGUGGAAAUCAGCUACUACAACAUGAAUCGCGUCAGAUUUGAAUGGAGCAACAUCUGGGUUGUACUCGGUGAGCAUUUCAACCAAGUCGGCUGCCACAACAACAUGAAUAUCGUCUUCUUUGCAUUGGACUCCUUACGACAACUAUCAAUGCGCUUCAUGGAGAUUGAAGAGCUGGCUGGUUUCAAGUUCCAGAAGGAUUUCCUGAAACCAUUUCAGCACAUUCUGGCCAAUUCAGACAAUGUCACGGUCAAGGACCUGGUCCUGAGAUGUCUGAUUCAAAUGAUCCAAGCGAGAGGUGCCAAUAUUCGUUCAGGGUGGCGAACUAUGUUUGGCGUGUUUACCGUCGCAGCUCGUGAAACUUACGAGAGCAUCGUCAACCUGGCCUACGAGAAUGUCAGCCAAGUUUACAAGGAAAAGUUCGGUGUCGUUGUCGCUCAGGGAGCCUUCACUGACCUUAUUCAGCCGGAAACCCGACAAGAUGCGAAAUCGGCGCCGAAAUCCAGCACGUCUGUCGAGGAGGGAUACUGGUUCCCGGUUCUUUUUGCAUUCCACGAUGUUCUGAUGACGGGCGAGGAUCUAGAAGUGCGGUCCAAUGCCUUGGAGUACUUCUUUGCUACCCUUGUCAAAUACGGCGGCGACUUCACCCCCGAAUUUUGGGACAUACUUUGGAGACAACAAUUGUACCCCAUCUUCAUGGUGCUGAGGUCACGCCCUGAGAUGGCAAACGUUCUGCAUCAUGAAGAGCUGUCUGUGUGGCUUUCAACAACCAUGAUACAAGCGCUGAGAAAUAUGAUCACUCUCUUCACUCACUAUUUUGAGUCGUUGGAAUACAUGCUUGAUAGGUUCUUGGAGCUGCUUGAGCUGUGCAUUUGCCAAGAAAACGACACCAUCUCUCGGAUUGGCAGCAACUGCUUGCAGCAACUUAUCCUCAAGAACGUGACAAAAUUCGCGCCGGAGCAUUGGACGAAGAUUGUCGGGGCUUUCUGCGAGCUUUUCGAGCGGACGACGGCUUAUCAGCUUUUCACGGCGGCCAAUGCGGCGUCUCCUGCUGCAUUGUCCAUGCCGUCCAACGGUACCGACUUUUCGAGCGGCCCCAGCCCUGUUGGAGAACCGACAGUAGAUGAAAAGUCUCUCAAAAUCAACGGCGGAGACGAAAAUGCAAGCAUAUCUGACAACGAGUCGAUGAACCGGCCACUAUCCCCACGCCCGCUGGAUGAUGAUACACGACGACCGUCCAUUGGUGCAGGAAGCCAAGCUCCGCUGGAAGAAUUCAAGCCGGCAUCUACACUACAGCAGCAGCCCGUUGUUGUCACUGCAGCACGAAGAAGGUUCUUCAAUCGUAUCAUCUCGCGCUGUGUUCUGCAGCUUCUUAUGAUUGAAACUGUCAACGAGCUUUUCAGCAACGACACUGUGUAUGCUCACAUACCGUCCGCAGAGUUGCUACGUCUCAUGGCACUGCUCAAGAGAUCCUUUCAAUUUGCAAGACGCUUCAACGACGACAAGGAGCUCCGCAUGAAACUGUGGCGAGAGGGCUUCAUGAAGCAGCCCCCCAAUCUCCUGAAGCAAGAGAGCGGCGCCGCUGCCACAUACGUAUCCAUCUUGUUCCGCAUGUUUGCCGACAAUGCUCCAGAGCGCCUAGACAGCCGGCCAGACAUUGAGUCCGCUCUCGUUCCACUGUGCAAGGACAUCAUAACUGGGUAUUCUACACUGGUGGAGGAGAGCCAGCAGCGCAAUCUUGCGGCCUGGCGUCCUGUUGUGGUGGAUGUGCUAGAGGGAUAUGCGACGUUUCCUGACGAUGCUUUCAAAUCGCACAUCGGCGACUUUUAUCCGCUCGCCGUGGAGUUGCUUCGAAGGGACUUGACUGCUGAUCUCCGGGGAGCUUUGCUUACGGUCCUGCGUCGGGUGGGCGAGGUGUCCCUGGGCAUAGAAGUUAUGGCGAGCCCGGGUGCAAAGAGACGAGAGAGCGUGGUCAGCGCCGUCUCCGAGGGACCCGCUGGGGAUCAAGAGCAAGCUGCACGCAAGAUGCUGUAA